AUGGACUCGAACAAUUCUCCGGAGCAAGUUGCGUAUCGUGAGAUGGAAGAAACCGUUCGCAAACUCGUGGAAGAGUUCAAAAUCCAAGAUCAAACCUCGAAAUCGCGCGGCUAUGAGACCAGCGGCAUAAUAACCGUGCUGCAUAGUCCUGACGAACUUCCGACUGCCAGCACUUCCGCGAUAUAUACGAGCCAGCCUAGAGGCAGCCACUAUUCGGUGGAGUGUCUCUUGCGCGGCGCUGCAGCGAAACGCGAGCUGAUCGAGUACCCAGAAUUCCCGAAGGAGAUCUACCGACCCUCUGACUUGGAAGAAUGUGCAUAUAGCAUCGUAGACAUUCCAGGGAAAGGCCUGGGCAUGGUCGCAGCACAGGAUAUCGAACUCGGCGAGCUCAUCGUCAGUGAGCGGCCUCUGCUAAUCGCACCGCGCGUCAUAACCAGUCCUAGUCGUCUCUCGUUCACCGAUGAUGCCACAAAGGAGCAGCAACAGGCGGCUGUGUACUUCGAGACGGACAAGCGCGUAUAA